AAAACGCAAGCGAGAGGACGCUGUCGUGAAAAGGGGAGGGUCUUUAGUAAGCCUGUUUUUAUUUAUUUCUUUGUUCAUGUGCAUAAAACAACAACAAUGGUGGAGAACUGACGAAGUGUUGAAAUUUGGACGAGUGAAUGACAUUUUCUGUUCCAGUUCAAAGACCGAUAUCAACACUGAACCUACAGGGGGGAGGAUGAAGCGGCGCAAUGCGGACUGCAGCAAACUCCGACGGCCCUUAAAACGGAACCGAAUCACCGAGGGUAUUUAUAGCAGGUACAAAAGGGGGCUGGAUUGUCGUUAAUGUGUAACAAUGGCGCCUUUUUGUGUAUGCCAAUCUAUAUAUCAGCCAUCCUGUGCUACAUACACACGAGUCCCGCUGUGGCUCUAAAGCAUCGGGCAGCUAACAUGUCCAGUUAUUGUUAAUUUGAAAGGCCUGUCGUUAAUCCUUGAGUGUGAUAUCUUUCCAGCUAAGUGAUGAAAUUGUGAUGUUUAUAAAUUCAAGUAUCAACACUAAUAACCGAAAAUGCAGCCACAAGUAUGUACAGAACUUCAGUUUCUGUUCAUUUUGCUCAAUGGAAAGAUGAAUAGAAAGUGUUUAAUUUGUCAAACUAUGCUGUAGCGCUGAGACGAGCUUUGUUAACGGCCACCCGCUCGUGGGUCUGGGUAACGCGAUGGCGCUAUCUCACCUGUGCUUUUCCCGGUGAGGUUGUAUUGCUUAAUUGCAUUUCGUAAGUGAAACAUCAGUCUGAAAAAAACGCCGGAUAAGAAAAGUGAGAGGAAACUGGAUGAUGUCAAGGUACAAAGAAAAAAAUCGCAUGUGCUUCAAGUAACAUCAGCAGCUUUUACAUGCCUGCUGUCUUUUGCUUUAAGCUGCAUCCACCUCCUUAAUGCCUUUCUAGCGCUUUUUGGAUUUCUCUCAGUCCCAAUAAAUUUCAUUAUCGUUGUAGAGUUUCGUCGUAUUUUCAGUCGUGUGAAAUGCUUAAUUGAAUUGGCAUUUAUCCUCAGAUCCAUUUGGCAAUCGAGGUAUCCUUUUACGCGUCACGCUGGAUAUGUGGCUCUUGUUAAGACUUAAUCACUGCAUAAUCUGAUAUUUAGAAAUGUGGUGAUCUUUGCUCAGGAGCCUUGUAAUACUCAUGUCAAGUCUGUUCUUUCACAGUUUUGCCCAUUGUCCCCCCUCUGCUGUGCUUUCUCCAACAGUACCUUCCUGUACCUGAAGUUCCUGGUGGUGUGGGUGCUAGUUCUUUUGGCUGACUUUGUGCUGGAGUUUAGGUUUGAAUACCUGUGGCCCUUCUGGCUUUUCAUUCGUAGUGUCUACGACUCCUUCAGAUACCAGGGACUGGUAAGACCUACUUUGUAUGCCUCCAUCUCUACCUGUAGGGUUUUGGUUGUCACUCUUAUGGAGGUAUUAAUCUAUUUAUAACAAUGAUGAUAUCAAUUUUUGCCACCUUUUGAACAGCUGAUGUGUUCAUAUAUCAGGGAUGGGAAUUGUGGAGUCAGCAAGUCAUCUCCAUGUCAUGUAUUUGUUCUGCUCUGUCACUGAACCAGCUGCUUCCAAUGAGCAGCCAGGAAGGUGAGCUCAUUAGUGAAGGCACCUGGUUCAGUAACUGAGCAGAACAAAUACAUGGCAUGGAGAUGACUUGCUGACUCCACAAUUCCCAUCGUCAUAUAUUUAUGGAAGUAAAACUAAUUAUCAUAAUUAUCACAAUUAUUGAAAAGGGUUGUAAGUUUGUUGUCGUGUAGCAAUGUAACAUGAUUGGUCACCUAUUUAUGAGCAUCAGGGUGCAAAAAUAUACAAACUUAAAUUUCUGCUUCCCUGUAUAGCACUAUGUAUCCCCAGUCUACAUGAAAAACGAAAAUGGAUGAAACCCAUACUGCCGACUACAUCUGGUUCCAUCAUGGAAAUCUUUCUAUUAAAUAUAAUGAAGGUAGCUUGGAUAGUGUCAUACUUAACAGUCAUUGCAGGGGUUGGCCACUUAAACAAGAAUGAGACAAGACAAGGUUUCAGUUUGCAAGUUUGCAGUACACAGUCUUGUGUGUAUGUGUCAUAUGGUCAGGGGUGCAUGUUUAUGCCUCAAUUUGAGUGUUCAGUUGUUAUACAUAUUUUCCUGAUAGAGUUUUCCAUAAUUGUUCUAUUAUUUGUAUUUGUUUGUCUCUUUUGUUUGUCACAAUUAGGCAUUCUCUGUCUUCUUCGUAUGUGUCGCAUUUACAUCAGACAUCAUCUGCCUCCUCUUCAUCCCUGUCCAAUGGCUGUUUUUUGCUGCCAGCACCUACGUUUGGGUCCAGUACGUCUGGCACACAGGCAAGUCCAAGUUUACCAUAAACUCUUAUAUCUGCCAGCCACAAAGUAUCUUUCAUAUAAGCGCACAAGUAAUUCAGAGCUGCCAAUAUUUAUCAGUUCCAGACAGAAGAGCUCUGAUGUUUCUUUCUUCUCAUCUUUUCCUUUAACACAGAGAGGGGAGUCUGUCUACCUACAGUAUCACUGUGGAUCCUGUUUGUGUACAUUGAAGCAGCCAUACGUUUCAAGGAUUUGAAGAACUUUCAUGUAGACCUAUGUCGACCCUUUGCUGCUCACUGGUAAUGUCACUGUUGUAUACUACGUAUUGGUCCUUUUAUUUCUUUUUAUAUGAAAGUGAUAAAUGACUACAGUAUAGAUGAUAAAACAGCAGGUAAUUACCUGAAACUGUAUGACUACCAUCAUACUAAAAGCUGACUGUGUUUCUCCUCACUCCCCAGUAUUGGCUAUCCUGUUGUGACUCUGGGCUUUGGCUUUAAGAGUUAUGUUAGCUACAAGAUGCGUCUGAGAAAACAAAAGGAAGUGCAGAAGGAGAACGAAUUCUACAUGCAGCUUCUACAACAGGCUUUACCACCAGAGCAACAAAUGCUUCAAAGACAAGAGAGGGAGGCAGAGGAGGGUGAGACAAAACUUAUAAAAAUAAUUAUUUCUGCUGUAAAACACAAUGCAGAAAAUAUAAUAAUGGUAAUAAUGGUCAGAAUAAGAAAAAUUGCAGUCGAAAUGAAGUGUGAUCACACAGUAGAUUCUUGGUUAGAAAAGUUCCUAGAUGAGUGAAAGGACCAGAAAAUGUUUAUUGACUCUAAACCAUGAUGAGAGCUGUUCGAGUUCUCCUCAUGUCAAGAAAAGGGGCUUUGCUGCGUUCUCUUUCAUCUCUUCCAUUACACGAUAUACAGGACCAUGUAGUGUCUGUAAGGAAUUAAAAUGUACCAAUCCACAAUUGAUUUAGGGAACUACCUUUGUGAGACAUGUCUCUCAGCCAUCAAUGAAAAUAAAUGAUCAAGAGGAGAUCAAUCGAUCUUUUUUUAUGGAGCACAAAUUCACAAAAAGUGUUAUCCCAAGACACUUAAUAAAAAAAAACGGAACUAGGCCAGACUCUGUUAACAAAGACCCAAUAUAAGGAUGGGAUAAGAUUGAGCCCCAUCUAUUAAGAUCAGACCCACUCCCACCUUUAACCACAUAAAUGCAGCACUUUGCAGCAUUUAGCAAGGAAAAAGUUACUAUUAACAGGCAGGAACCUUGAGCAGAAUUCGACUCAUUUUAGACAUCAUCUGCAGAUUGGUAUGCUUACUUUGCUUACUUUGAUUUGCUUAAGUUCAAGGACAGCUUCUUGUGAUCAAAACAAUCCUCCAACACAUUGAAAUUACUUUAAGUGCAGCUGCUCUAGACUUUUCCUGGAGCAGAAAAAAAAAUCAGUAAACAAACUGAGGCACAUCACAGUUGUCAUUUAUACAGAUUCAAUAGUUUGGGUCCAAGAAUUGAGCCUUGUGGGACCCCUCAAGUAACCCAGAGUAAUUCUGAAUUUAAUAAUUGAUAAAGUAUCUUGAUAUCUAUCAUUGAGGUAACUUUUUAUCCAUGAGUAUGCUAACUCUCAGAUUGCAUGUUUCUAUUUUUGAUUGAUAGUGUCAUAGGCUUCUUUUUUAAAGUCAAGAAUUACCCCUAUGAUAGACAUGGCGUGAGUGCAAUUCACCUGUUAGGAGUGCUACUGGAUUGAGUCAGCACUUUGGUUUUCCUGUCCUAUAUCUGUUGUUACACCUUUCCAUAACUCUAAGGCAUUUUCCAAUGAAAUAAAAGAGAGUCAUUUUGGAAGAAACAAAUGGGAUCAAUAUUUUAGUCUUUCAUCACAGCAGUGGUUUCUAAGUAAACUUACGGAACAUUUUAAAGAAGGGGAACAAGGAUGACCAGGAUGUCAACAGCAAAUAUUAUGGGCUUAAAACAUGACCAUUUGAAAUAACAUGCACUUGAAUUUGUAUUUACUGAGUGAAAUAACCAAUUCCAAGAUCAAAUUAGUGUAGGGCCAUACAUUUUUAUGUGUUAUUGUUCUGAUAUUUGAAAUUGUGACUAAAUUGUUUUCCCAUAGAAAAAUUGUGUAGCCUAGUGGCAAGUAGCUUUUGUGAGGGUCUGCCAUGCCUGAAUUGAGUGAGUGAUAAAAGCUGGAAGACAACUGAAAGAUAUGAUGGCAUAACUUGUUGUUAUCGAUAGCUUAUUUCUACGACAUACAUUUUAAAAAAAGAAAAUGAUCUUGCAAAGUGUUAUGAACUUCAGCAUAUUUAGGCAGUUUGACCUGGUUGUUAUAUUGGAGCCAGAGUUAGGUUGCCAGCCUGUACUACAGCUGGAAAAAAAAGCUAAACAAGAAUAUUUUUUCUUCACAAAGGCUGUAUUGCAUGGUCUUAAUGUCAUUAUUUUGGAAUUUGGUGAAUUCUGUUAAUUAUGUUCAUGUCUUCUAACACUGUCCACAUUUAUCUUCUUCAGCAGCUUUAGCCAAAGGACUCUCUGAGACAGAGCCUGUAGUGAUAUCCCAAAAUGGAGCACCUCCUGGAAAGAAGAGUACCUCUGCUCCUUUGCCAGAGCUGGAGUAUCGGGAGAAAGGGAAGGACAGUAUUGCAAAAGAGCGUGAGGGAAAAAAACAGAACACAAUUGGAAUCAAUAACAACAGUAUUAUGCAUGCACUGGACUCCAAACUACAGGAAACCGAGUAUAUAGAGAACUAUGUUGGGGCGAAGAGACUAAAUAAUGACUUGGCAGGAGAAAACACGCUUGCAGAUACCAACACACAUUCUACAAAUAAAGAUGAGUUGGGAGGGGUAGGGAAGAACUACAAAAAUUCCAGUGGGGUUGUGGGUAAUAUCUCCAACUUGUCCCCACGGAAUCACUGUUCUUCAAAUGGCAGUGUGCCACCUGUUUCUUCAACCACCAAGAAUGAGAGGAAACAGAAGGGGACAGGGAAAGGGCAGAAGGACCCUGUAGAAAACUGCAUCCCCAACAACCAGUUGUGCAAGUCGGAUGCUUUAAUACGGUAAGAUAACUUCCUUUAUACUGCUCUGCUAAUUAAGAUAUCUUGUAAUUGUUUCUUUGUAGUUGUUAAGUUACACGGUGACCUUGAUUCUCUGAGUGAAGAGACUAUUCCUCCACAUUUACAUAUUCCAUAUGCAUUAAGACAGAUCUAAUGGGGCAGCUGACGUGGAUCUCUUUUUAAAGCUUCUUUCAGACAUACACAAAAUUUCUUAUAAAUCUCCUGAAAUUACCUGAUUAAGCUGCUUUUCCAUAUAACACCACUGUAACAUGGAAGAGUGGCACAUAACAUGGUUAUUUGAUAUUAUAUGAUAAAUGAUUUUAAGAAGGCCUCUCCAGUGUGGUCAUACCACUUAUCUGUUGAUACUGAGGAUGAUAAAAAGCUUAAAAAAUCUGUAACCAAAGGGCAUUUGUCUGUCUGUGUGUGCCAACUUAAAAAAAAAUUAAAAACUAUGUUGCAGUCAUUAGCAUUAAGACAGCAGUGGAUUUACAAACCAACACUUUCUGAGGGGGACUCAAAAACAAAAACAAAGGAACUCAGAUUAAAACUUGUGGUAGAAUAAAAUGAAAGGAUCAGGGGUUUUAAUCAUGGAUGGGAUUGUAAAAAAUUAAAUGCAGCGCCUAUUUUAAAUCCUGAUCCAUCCCCUGAGAUCCACUCUUGCUGUAAGUUAAGACCCAUCACCCCAUAAAAGGACUAAGUGUUCAUGAAUUGAUGAUUGACUAACAUUGAACGGGCUUACCAUUACCAUGGCUUCCCUCAGAGAACCAAGGUUACCGCUCUCCAUCGUAGCAAGACUAUUUCUCCACACAGUUACAUACUUUCUUGGGGACCAUUUAGGACCCAUGUCAAGUGGAAAGGGGAGAGAGAGCAGAUGCCAUUUUCCACACACUCCUCAAGGAGUCUCUGGUAUCCAAACAAGGUGUCCCAGCCACCACAGUGCUCUGAAAAAGGGAGUGACAAAAUGACUGUGAAAAACUGUGUACAACUAAACCAAAACACAAAAAUGCCAAGAUGCAAGUGUACAAAUACGGCACCAAGAUUGUAUCAUUUGUUGUGAUGAAGCACCAAGUACUUGUUCCACAAAGGAGGUACUGAUUGCCCCUCUACCUCACAAAGGUAGAGGGGCUUGCCCACAAAGCUGCUGCACAAACCCCAGAGAGGCUGGCACCCCCUGUGUAGAGUGUGCCCUUACUCCUUCUGGUGCUUGAGAACAAACACCUAUGUAUGCCUGCUGAACUGAUUCAACAAUCCAGUGUGACAGCCUAGAUGUGGACACAGGAUAAGCAAGAGUCACCUAUAGCAGAGUAACAGCUGAUCUGUUCUUGGGCAAAGCAGGAGGAUCAGAGCUUUACUGACCGAAUGAAGUGGAGGUUUGAGAGCAUCCUUUUUUCAGAAAGGCUGGAUUCAGAAGCAGGAUAAUGCUGUGUCAAUAGGGAGGAAAUGACUGCAGUAGAUUGACAGAGCCUGUAAUUAUCUCACUUUCUUGCUGAUGUCAUCACCAAAAGAUACAUGGCCUUGAGUGACAAAGUGGCUCAAAGGGCUCCUCUUGUGAGGCAAUCAACACAAAGUCUAGAUCUUGUGCAGCGACAGCUCAGCGGUCACCCUGAGUUAGCCUUUUACCUUCAGCCUGAUUGGUCCUGCCCUUUAAGGCAGACCUGAGAAAUACCUUCAGAAACUGGUUUUGAAAAUAGAGAUCCUUGAGGUCAAUAGUGACAAACCAGUCAUCCGCAGGCCUCCUGAGCCGACUGCGCCAUUGUGAAGCCAUCAAGCCCAAACAUGGUCGAUGGCUCUAUAGGCAUCCUUGGCAGGCACACCCUGUCCCCCUGCUGCAGCAUUACUAAUGCUGUGGCUGACCAGCCGCCUCUGUCUGCUCCCUCAUCUGUGUAGUGAUGUGAGGAGGAUCUGGUGCAGCUCCUCCAGGCACUCUGCACUACAUGCCUCCUUAAGCUUCUUGGCAAAAUGACGAUGGUAGAGAGCCAAUAUUGUCCCUCAAUAGCCAGUUGGGUUUGUACUACCUUUGCACCAUGCAUUUUGAGAGCAGGACGUUCAUUAUUUCACAGGUCUACCUGAGCAGCUACUUUUCCCAAGAACUCACUUGGAUGGAGACACCAAGGUUGCCAAAGCCUGGUAUGCUGUAGACAAUAGACCACAGCCUUUCCUGUCUUUAAUGAUGCCAAGCACCGAGCAGACCCAGUUGACUCCCAACAAUAUACCUCACAAAGCUCACCUCAUUACACUGAGAGGAGAGGGACACAAAACUGUGCUCCAGGGUCAGCUCCAGCUUUACCUAGGCACUUUAGGUGAGUAAAUCAUGCAGUCCACCAUGUGGUACACUCCUUUGGCUGUAUAUCUGCCCAAAAUGGAUAAGAAACGGUAAAACAGUAAUCCCAGAAGAGACUUAUGCUCUAACCAGUGGUUGAUUUCACAUUACUUACCUUUCCCAUAACUCAAAGUUGUGUGGCCUCUGCUCUCUCAUCUCUCCUGGUCUUUCAUUGGAAAUCAGUGAAUUCAUGAAACCGUACACACUUUGAUGUUGUGCAUGGGCCACAGUGUGGUGUGUCAUAAACAGAUAUCCUAAUCAACUGCCAAGUGGGUCAUUUUCCUAACAUUCAGAAUAUGUCAUUGUGUGGAGAGAUCGUCUUGAUAUGAUAGAGAACAAGUGUUUCUGGAAACUUAAAUGAAUGAUCAAGGGGGUCUGUUUUUUUUUGUAUCAGUCUUGAGCAGGAUGUUAAACGUCUGAAGGCAGAUCUGCAGGCUAACAGACAGCUAGAGUCAGAGCUUCGGAGUCAACUUUCUUCCCUGAGCAGUCAGGACCGCAGCCUUCGCUCUGAGCUGGGCCAGCUCCGCCAAGACAAUGAGCUGCUGCAGAACAAGUGGGUUCAUCUAAAGUGCAUCAACAUCCACACUAGGAUCAAUUUUAUUUUCUAUACUUUACUGUAGUUAUGUUUUUAGCUGACUGUGGUCUACAUCAAAGUCUCUGUAUGGUAUUAGUCACAAAAUAGAAGCACAUGCUCUGAUUUAAUUUUAGAUUCUUCUCUGUGCAUUUUGUCCAGUAAUAAUCAAUGUCUCUGCCAAUGCUUUGGAAUGGAACUGAUGCAAUUUCAAGCUAAAAAGGCUGCAUUUGGUUAAACCAAAAAUCUGGUGCUCCCAGCAUACACACACACACACACACACACACACACACAAAAAUAGUUUAAACAGAUUCUUAGUGCCUUUGAUGCUGCAAGACAUUUUCAGCGUAUAUUCUUCUACUUAAAAAUCCAUCAUUUCUUUCUUAGUUAUUUUGCCCUCUUUUUCUGACAAGAGUCAUUCUACAUAUUUCAACCCAGAAACUUCAACUUUAAGCCUUACCAAAAUUAGUCUUAAGGACUAAUUAAGCUGCUGUAUCUUACUGAUGUUUCAUUGUUUUCUGGGGGGAUUUAAUGCUUUUCACAAAUUCAGCCUAUUGACACUAAUAAAGAAUUUUCAACCUUUUUCAACUCUUUAAAUCCUCCAAGUCCUUAACAUUUUCAUAUAAAAACUCAAUUUUAGCUUCAAAAUGUUUCUCAGUUAUUAAGGUUUAUCAACAUACUUUAAUUUUUUUAUACUUUUAUCGUGUUUUACAUUUACCUUUAAAUUGACAUCAAAAUUUUUUUGGCCCUUCAAGACCUUUUCAGUGGUGUAUAUCACAUGGACUGUUUGGACUCAGUGAUUCAGACUUUAUUGUGGAGAGUCUGUUAAAAGUACCUAGAAAUCUUGUGAAAAAAAAAGUCAUUUCACUCAACAAAACAAGGUAUCAAACGUAGGUAGUCUUGUGCUUUUAUGCAGAAUACCAUAUUCUUAUAAUAUCUUUAUUGAAUGGACAGAGCAGUAGACGGAGUAUGAAAUCUGGACUAAGGGUCACAUUCAAACCUGUUGCCCCUGUUGAAAACUGUAGCCUCUGUCCAUGGGUGCAUGAAGCACAGCACGUAAACACACAGCAGGAACUCCAAACAGACAUACAUAGACCUGUCAGAGCCUAACAACUGUGCUGUAACUCAACUACCUUUGGACACAGGAUUCGGUGAGACAUGUUCUCAUGGUUUCAUCGUUGCCAAAAGACAACAUUUGGAGAAUCGAGGGUUCACACCAGUAGGGGGUGUGGUGGCAGUUCCUAGAGAUCACCCCAAAAAAUGUCUUCAUCAAAACCCAAGAGUCAAGUCAUAGUGAACCACCAGCACAAAUUUUAAAUGCCACUUGUUGGCUGCCUUUUGCACAUAGCACUUCAGAUCUUUUUGCUGAUGUUGUCCUGUUCCUGCAAAAGUAGUGUUUUCUGAUUUAAAAAACUCUCACCCAGCUGUCUUUUAACAGUUGAUCGUGUUGCUUAAUAUGGAACAUGUGAAAAAGAGUAUUUUCUGCUGCAUGCUGUCACUCACUUUGUUUGACUCUUACUUGGCAGCAAAGGGUUACAGGCAUGAAAAAAAUACUGUUUCAAAGUUUCUGGUCUUGAUGCUGAUGGUUUUGUUUUUAUGAGUCAUAUUUUUUGUAACCAAAAAAAAAAAAGAAAAAUUCACAGCACUCCUACUUAAACAUUUACUAAGUGUCACCUUACACCAAGUUUAAAGUGGGCUCCUCUUCUCAUAAUAUUUCAGGCUCCACAGUGCCAUCCAGGUCAAGCAGAAGGAUAAGCAAACCAUCUCCCAGCUAGAGAAGAAAUUAAAGGCUGAGCAGGAAGCUCGUGCUCUCGCUGAGAAACAGCUGGCUGAGGAAAAGAAGAAGAAGAAGAUGGAAGAGGCCACAGCUGCUAGAGCCAUUGCGUUGGCUGCUGCCACCAGGUACUAAAUACGUGUAUAUUGCACACCUUUGACUUUUACUUUAUUUUAAUGGCAAAUUAGAAAUCAAUCAGUUUUUUAACGAAAAAUGAAAGAUGUCUGUUCUUUUUAUCAGUGGCAGAGCUUCCUCCAAUCAGUUACUGUGGUGCAACUUAACAAUAAAAACAGAAAGAUUCUGAGAGAUGUUAAGAAACCUGAUUUUCUGGUGAACCUCAGUUUAAGGAGAGGUUACAUUUCAAAUAGAUCACUGACAGAAAUUGCAUUCGUUUGGCUGGCAGUGCCUAUUCUGGGCUGGCUAGUUACAGCAGCCACAUGUCUUACACUGUAAAAACGUAUCCUGCCUCACCUUUGUAACAACUGUUUAUAUACAUUCAUUUGCCACCAGUUCCUUAAAGAGAGGAAGAGCCACAACUUAAAGGGAUAUUCCAGCGUAAAAUUACGUUAGGGUCAAACACACUGUAACACUGAGAUAGACACCCCCCCGAGAGAUGAAUAUUGCCGACUGCUUGCUUUUCUAGUUAUACCAACUUUAGUUACGACCGCACGAUAGCAAUACACAGCGGUUUAUGUCUCCACACGCAAAACCUAACCAAAACUCCACUCUAUAGCCACAAAUAAUACUCAGAACAGCACCUAACUUCAUCAACAGUACAUAUAGGGUCCCAGCCAUAGCACUAGCCACCAAACAUCUUUUUAGCUUUGCCUAAUUUCUUUAGCAAAGAGACCAAACACAACUCACCCACUCUCCUCCAGCAGCCGCUUGUUUGUGGGGGAGCCCUGACAAGUCCAUCACAGAGUGCAGCGGAGUUUUGCAGCUCAAUGAAGAACAUUUAUGAUCAUUUCUUUAUGGAAAUGAAAUCAGACUGAGAUGUUGAAGCAGAAGAACUACUGUGUUUGCAGUGCAAAAUGAUUAUCAUGACCAUUAUUCCUUCGUGGAAAAGAUCCGCUGCACUGGGAUACACCAAGUGGAAAUGAUCAGUUGAUUAGUGUUUGGGCACCUUUUUAAAAAAGUAUUUUGCCUUUUCUACUCGUCUCUCUAGAGUUGAAUCAACUGACUCUCUGCGUGGACGAAUCAGAGACUUGGAGACUGAGUGUAAGAAGCUUUGCAUGGACACGAAACUUAAAGAAGAGCAGAUAAGGGAUCUGGAGAGUAAAUGUCAGGUGAGUGGAGAGCAUAACUCACUUUGAAAUAAGAUCAUACUUUCAGGUAUUUUACAACAUUGAUAGUGAAAACGCCAGUUAUAUACUUGGACAUCAUUUACGGGUAAAGGCUUUGAAUCUAAGUAGGAAGCUAACAAACUGCUGCAGUGCCUGUUGUACAACUUUAAUUUUCCAAUUUGGUGUCUUUAUUGCAUAAUUUUUCAUGCAGGAGCUGCGGAAGUACAAAGAGAACGAGAAGGACACAGAGGUUUUGAUGUCAGCCUUGUCAGCGAUGCAGGAGAAGACCCAGCACCUAGAGAACAGCUUGAGUGCCGAGACAAGAAUCAAACUAGACCUCUUCUCUGCACUUGGGGAUGCCAAGAGACAACUGGAAAUAGCACAAAGUAUCCAUAUAUUUUAUUUAUAUCUUCCCAUGCAAGUUUUAUGAACUUCAGUGUAAACAGAACUUGUCUACCAUGCUGUGUCUCUGUCUCAGUCUCAAGCAGUAGAUCUGUAUUUACAGGCACACAGAGGCUCAUUAGGCUUGAUGAUAAACAAGUUUAUAUUGUAUUGACACUUCCGAUUCUUUGUCUGGCUCCGUGCAAUCUCCUUUUCUGUGUCUACAUUACGGUUUUGUUUUUGAGCAUUGUUUGUCUUUUAAAGUCUAAUGGUGGUUCAUGACGCUGCAUGUUAAUUGCAUCAAGUCAUAAGGAGUCACUAGAGACACAUCUGGAGAAAGAUGAUCUGGCUAGCCGAAGUGCAAAGCGCUGUCCACUGAUGUUUUCACAUCAGCAAGCCAUCAUUGAUUAUACGACUAGAAGAGUGCACCACAAAGCAAGAGAGGUUAGGUCAUGGUUUAAGAUAAAGUUACAAAAAGCUGGCUCCAUUGCAAUCUGGCUAGAUCACCAUGGUUACUUGCUCUUAAUUUCUAACAUAAUCUGGUCAGGGCUAGGUUGUAUACUAAAUUACAGCUUGAAAUUGGAAGUAAAGUGCUGUCAUUUCGUUAGUUAAUGCAGGCGGUUCUCCUUGGGCGAUACAGACCAUCAGCCACUGUUGUGAGAGUCUAUGGUACUUUAACCUUUAUUAUUAUUAUUAUUAUUAUAGACUUCUUAAUAGGACUAGUUGUUAAAUAUCCCUAAUAUUCAGCACAUCAAUUGACAGUCAUUGGAGAUGUCCUCUACUCUUGAGUGGGGUGGGAAUUGGCAAUGAUCACGUGGUGCCACCAGCACGCCACAUCAUCAGUUGUUCGCCCCGACUUCAUUGGGUGUUUCGGCCACUUACAACAAGACACCCUCUGUCAGGGUUGGCCCACCACAGGAUGAUCAGCCCUGGGUGUGUGGUGUACGGUGGCACCAUGCGGUCACUUGGCUGCCCAUACUGCAUCUUUACGUUUCAGCCAUAGCCAGUCUGACUGCCAGUGGUCAGAGAGCUAGUGGUCAUUUCUUUUAGUGUGGUGUCAAAUGGUGGGAUCAAUAUGUCCUCUAAGUUUAAUGUGCACAGAGCCUGAAGCAAGAAGCCUGAGUUAACAGAACAAGUUCCUCAGUGGUUUACUUGAAGAAAGCUUGGGUGUUUUAAGAUAACUUUGCAACUUUGUGGUAUACUUCUCUGGUGUACUGUGCUUAUCUGUCUGUGGCACUGCUUACCUUUCAAAUCAUUCAGAAUCAAACGUGUGCAUAUUGAAGCAGGGGGGGAGGUGAGCUUGUUUGCGAACACUUUACAUCAGGGCCUUUGUCUGCUUCGUCUUUUCCAGGCCAGAUCCACCAGAGGGAGCAGGAGGUUGCAGAACUAAAGCAGAAAAUAGCCGAGGUCAUGGCAGUGAUGCCAAGCCUCUCCUAUUCAUCAGACAGCAGCAACCACAGCCCAGUCACCCCACACUACUCCUCCAAGUUCAUGGACAAUAGUCCCUCCUCCCUGGACCCAAAUGCCUCAGUCUACCAGCCCCUCAAAAAAUGACUUUUAAAUUAAAUAUUUUUUGACAAACUGUGUGUCUUUAUUUUGGUGGGCUCUGAUCCAUUUUUGGUCAUUUUUUGAGUUUGUCAGACAACUCUUGCACUGUAAAUAUACUGCAUAGUGACACAGUGCACAUAAACCCCCCAUAGAUGUAUUUGACUUGUUUUUGGUUUAAAAAGUUUUUUUGGUAUAAUGAGAUUUUUUUUCUCAUGGAGGUUGCACUUUUUUUUUUUUAAUACUUUUGGAGUGUAGCUCAAUGACAUGGUUUCUGUAUGAGCAGGUCAAAAACAGAAAAAAAAGAAGAAAACAAGACUGAUGUCCAAAGGCAAUCCUCUUUUACUCUAUACCCCACCACAUCUUUGUCUAUGGGAAACUUACUCAGAGGUUCAACAAAUGUUUUUUUUAUUUUUUUAUUGUCUUUCUGUGUUGCUUUCGACUUAGAUUCAGCUUUGAGUCUUAACUGUUAAGCCCUUCAAAGGUACAUGAAUGUAGAAUUAUUCAUGUUAUGGUAUCAACAGUGACUUUAAUCAGUGCACUUGUUUGAUAAUGUUCCAGAUUGUUUAUGACAACGUACAUUAUUACUCAACACUGAACAUCUGAUUAGUGCAGGUUUUCCAGUGCAGCUUGGUUUUUGCCAUGCUAGAAUAGAGAUGUCUUCUGGACAGACAGGAAAAUGUUGAUGGAGUUUUGUCCUCAAAUUCUUGCUGCUGAUGGAUUAGACCCUGGCACUGACAAAAUGAUAUAUUGUAAUAAUACUCACACUUUUAUUUUUCUUCUUGACCCAAUAAGAACUAGCUGUCUGGUUUCUUACAAUUUUUAGGUAAUUGGUGCAGACGAUAGUGCCUUGCCGUUUGCUUUUUAAGGUGAAAAACGUACUUCUGAAAUCUAAAAAUGGCCUAAAUGAUAAAUUGUAGCUGUAGACAUUUGCAGCUAAUGUCUCACUAAAAUGUUGCAGACUUAAACGAAAGAUUUAUCCUAGACAUGUUACAUGUCAUUUCAUAGUGACACAGUCUUGGUUUGCCUAACACCACCGCAAUUGAUUGUCUAUUAUCAUGCCUGGUAGUUGGCAUUAUGUUGUUUACAACAAUGUACAUUAACCUACUGAGGAAUGUUUCCUUGUUUUGUUUUAUUUAAUUCUAGUGCAAGUGCCAAUACUUGAUGCUACAUUUACAUCCAUACUGUGUGUGUAGCUAACAUAAUACAGAAGAGAACUGUGUUUGUUAGCAGAACACAUUGGGCAGUUUUGUGUUUUUGGACAAAUUCUGAUAGAAAAGCAGGUCGUGCAUUUGAUUGUGAUUUUUACGCCUUUAGUUGUCUUGGAAUUUUGGGGUAGAAGGUUGUUGAUAUGUUUGUUUUCCUUUUGCUUCUAGGAAGGAUUCUGUGUGAUGUUUUGGAAAAGGUUACCCUUCGACCAUAUGACCAUGUUGUGCUGUCAUGUUGACUAUCUUGAAAAAGUAAUUGUUGUGGAUCACUCUUGUGUUGUGGAUUCAGCUCUCAAGUUACUUUCAUAAGUUUUUUUUUUUUUAAGGAUGGAGGGUUUUGUUUAAAUAUUUUUGUCCCACCAUAAUUACUUUCCUUACUCAAAGUGAUGGUGGCUCUGUCACACGUUCCACUUUGGCCUUCACCAUUAAAAAAAGACUUUCUGGUGGAAACACAAGUUGUUGAGAGUGUGUAUAUUUCAUAAUCUAUCUUUAAAAUUUUAUGACACUAUCUAGAGGCCAAGCUUUUAAAUUCAAAUAAACCACGAGAUGGAAGCAGUAUUUUUAGUAUCACUUAAGUUUUAAAAAUCUGUAUAAUGGACAAAUGUUUAAAGUUAAGUUAAACUAUGAGAAAUUCAAUUUUGAUUGCAACGUCCAGUGGAAGACCCUACUCGAUUACUGUGGGUUUGUUACAGAGUUUUCCUGGGGAAAAGGGUCACUUAGGGGCAAGACCCUCUGGUUAUCAAGCCUGAAAUGCAAUGGCAACAAUUAAGCUCCCCCCCUGUUUUGCAUUGAAUGCCCCUGAAGUAGGGGCCCAUAAUGCCAUAAUGAUUUUACUAACUGCUUGAUCUAAACCAGUGGUUCUCAAGUCCAGUCCUCGAGGCCCACUGUUCUGCAUGUCUUGGAUGUUUCCCUGCUCCAACACACCUGAUUCAAAUGAUCAGCUCGUUAUCAAGCUCUGUAAUGGCUUAAUAACGAGCUAAUCAUUUGAAUCAGGUGUGUUGGAGCAGGGAAACAUCCAAAACAUGCAGGACAGUGGGCCUCGAGGACUGGACGUGAGAACCACUGGUCUAAACCAUCAAUGAGAGACUCAGGUCCCUUGAGGACUAUCGAUGCCCAUAGCAGCAGGUAUUCUAGGCUUGGGAGUAAGUUGCAGUCCCCCUGCUGCAAAAGCAGGACCUGCCUCCUAAGCAGGAGCCACAGAAAUCUGUUCAGUAAAUGGUACACCUCUGAGCCAGGACGUCCUUGGCUCCUAAGGGGAUCAUCAUCAGUCUGCCGUAUUCUGUUUUACACAGAUCACGAUCAAAUCAACAAAUAAUUCAUGUCAAGUGGAGGUUUGGUUACAUUUGCAUACAAGAAAUGACUAAACUUGGCAGUAAUUAAGGUCAUGGGGCAAAUGCACCGAGGAAUAAGAGGCUAGUGCCUCAUUAUUGUCAUACUGUGGAUUUUUUCUCAUUCCUCUUCCGGAAAAAUGUUCAGUCACUCCUAGUGUUACAGCUUGAAGAGUUGUAGGACAAAUUAUCAGUUCAAAACAUGUGGUUUGAUCUGGAUCAUUGUAUUAUUACUUUUCUCUAAUGUAUAUAAAAAGUGUGGAAAAAAAUUGCAUUUUUGUUUUUAAUAAGAGGUUCACGGGAUUUUUUUUAUUUAUUUAAUUUGACUGUGACAAUUUCAUUUCAAGAUAUUGAAAACAUUUGAUUAAAUGCGUAAACUGCCCUUAUUUUAUUAAGUGUAAAUGUUUUAUUAUUUUUAAUAAAUUAGUUUUUCAUAAAUGUUAUUUGAAGAAAAUUAUACUGGAAUUUGACUUUGAGUUGUUCUUUUGAGUGGAUUUAUGGAUUUAAUUUCACCACUAGAUGGUGCCUAAAUCAGCUUUCACCUCUAACAAUACAGACUUCACAUUUUUAUCAGAUGCCAUUCAUGAAGGUUUCCCUCUUGUGGCCAUCAGUGCGCAGUUCUAUCCAAUUUGUUAUAAGUUUAGUCCAUGUGGCUGUCUCAGCUCCCUCCUAAGCUCCCCAAAUCAGAUGAUUACCAUAAAAGACAACUGUCUGACCAAAACUGUAGAUAGGAUAAAUACAGGAUACUCAGUUGGGUUGCUUACCAGACUGCAAUCAUCCACAGCGCUCCAAAGAGGAGAAGUAGGUUGCAGACAAAUGGGGAUUCAGGAAGCGUGUUUCUUCAACUCAUAGAAAACCCUGGCUUUGACAACGAAGCCAAAAGUUCAAUUUGUAGUACAUAUGAAUGAUGGAGACAAGUUAAAUGUAAACAGCAUAAUGUAUUUGUCAUCUGACACCCAUCAAAAAAUAAAAUAAUACCUGUAAAGAAAUACGUGACCUCCAAAACAAUAACUGAUAGUGCACCUAGUAUGAUUCCAAGUGAUAUCAAUUAAGUCUUAAAGGGUACAGGGUGUAGAGAGGAAACUAUAGGUUCCUUUUUCUAGUCCCUUUUGUUCAGGAAGGUUCCAAAAUGAAUGAAUCAACCUUGAAGUCUUGAAGUGUCACCAAUGACAAGAGCUAAAUCCUCCAAAAGAUAAGGAAAUGAGUCUUGUUGCUUCUCCUUUAGGAUACACAGGACCAUCCUUUACGGAAGGAUAGAAGUAACAGUGGCCCACAAUUCUUUGCACCAACUGUGAUACACUGGGAAAAUAAGUUGGUAGAUAGUAGAUGAGAUGAGACAUGAGACUUCAAACAAAUGAAUUUCCCUAUGGGCAUCACUAAAGUUCUUGAAUUCAGUUCACGCCCCUUUUGAUGUGGAUGACAACAAAUGAUCAGCAUGACCGCAGCUCAAUGUAACAGUCAGAUUUUCUUGAUAUAGACUAUAUCAGAUAGCAUGCCAGCUGAAGUUUAAAGUUUAACUGCUGAAAAGAUGAUACCAUGUCCAAUUGAUAGGUUCAAAUUUAAAAAUCUUCUUCUGACCUACAGUGCUUUUCAUGGUCAGGCCCCAUCAUUUUUAAAAGAGCUCACUGUCCCCUAUUACCUCUCCGGAACAUUGCAGGCCUGCUCUUUGUACCUUAAGUCUUUAAAAGUGGUAGAGCUUCCAGUUAUUAGGCCCCUCUCCUCUGGAAUCAUCUACCAGUCAUCAUCAUCGUUAUUCUAUUUCUUCUUCUUCCUCCAUCUAAACAUUGGGUCUUUGUAAAUAGAGUAUGAUCUUGACCAUCCUUUUGUUGAAGGUCUUGUAUGGGCUGAGAUUUGCGCCACUAGGUACUGAAAAUGAAUACUCAUAUUGAAUUGGAAAAGCAUGUUUUGAAAUUAUAUUUAAUGUUUUGAAACUUCAUUCAUUUGCUCUGACAUUGUGUUGAACCCAUGCUUCUUGAAAAUUCAACUCUAUAUUCUUUAGUUAGAAAAUAGUUUGAUUUUAGUUCAGUGUGGUCCAACUGUUGCCUUAUCUCCAUCCGUGAGGAAGAGUAAGCACAAGCACAGGUUCACACGACCCCUGAGCGAAAAAAAAAACCCUCCUUAUUCCUCAGCUGAGCGGAGCAAGCUAAACUGGGGCCAUUGUCAUAAUGUCUGAAGACCAGGGACUGAAUAUUCAGGUUUGCAUUAAACCUAAGUUACUUACACGCCCCACCUCCCAAUAAAUCUUGAAAAGCAUUAUCCACUUUCCUUUGAAACGUAUCGAAGCUACAGUAAUGUUAAGGCUUACAUUAUGUUUUUUCCUACAUAUGAAGAUACAUAUGAAUAAUUUAAAGUUUAACCUGAUUAUCCCUUUUUUUAACUAAUCCCAUCCACAAAUCACUGGUCACAGCCAACGGGGGCAGGUUGGGGUUUAGUGAUUUGUGAAAGCAUGUGGACCAUGGGACCUCAAACCUGAUAGUCUAAACUAUCAAUACUCUAAGCUGCCACGUGUCUUCUGUAAGUCCAGCUGCAUGUAUCCUGUUCACAUAUGAAACAUUCACUCAAGCCUGUUGUGCACGCUAAACCAUAUCUUGUGCCAUAAUUCUGUGCCGUACACACAUACACACACAAUAACAAACAGCAUAAAAAAGAGAGACACAAUUCCCCGUAAAGAUUGGCUGAAGCUCAUCUUACUGGAUUUGUGAGAUUGGUGACAAACCAUUACAAGAGAAUGCUAAUCACUUCUAAACAUCCUUGGUUAUCCUCCAAGAAGCUGUCCUCAGUAAAUUCAGCCUAUCAAAGUGUGAAUAGAAAAUCGAAUUUCUCUCUCUCUCUGCCCCCCCCCCUUCUCUCUCUCUCUCUAACAUACAUAACACAGUUCAUUUAGUGUCAUUCACCUUGAUUGCCCCUGUCUCUCUCUCUCUCUCUCUCUCUCUCUCUCUCUCUCUCUCUCUCUCUCUCUCUCUCUCUCUCUCUCUCUCUCUCUCUCUCUCUCUCUCUCAUACACACAUUUUCCAGACCCAUCUCUUUGCUUGAACUCCUUCUGUCUCACCCUAGAUCACCCCCAGCUCUGCUGUGCUUACCUAAAGUUAACUGUGAUGUUGGAGGCAGAGAGGCAGAAAGAGAGAAAGAGAGAGAAAUAUUAUAUGGAAAGGAAGAAGUUACGAAGAAAGAGGGAAAAAAGGGAGCUGAGGGGAAGUGAGGUAAAAAGGUAACAUAGGGUGAUGAAAAAUGAGAGUAAAUAAAUGACGCAGACGGAAAGGAGGGGUUUAGAAGAUGAGGGUAGCUGAGGUUGUUUAAUUGAAGGGAGGAGGGAAAGGGAAGGGAGGGAGAGACGGGAACCGGGGACAGUGGAGUUCAAGCUAGUCGAGAGCAAAUGAAGAGCAUGGACAUAAAUAGUUAGAUGCAGAGAAAAGGAUGUUCACAAUUAAAGCCAAAACAAAACCAAAUUAUUCAAGUGCCACAAAAACUGAGAAUGAGAUUUUAUUUCUGUUUUGUUUUUUAAAAAAGGAAAAAGAUGAAGUCAAGCUAGCACAGAAACAACAUAUCCAUUUCAAACCAAGAGCUGCAAAGACUUACUCUGAAGUGUUGAUCACUAAACUUAUUUGGAGGUGACCUAAGGACACACUCUAUAGGCACAUGGUGUGCUCGGCUGCAGCAGAAGGCUGCUCUAUAUGUAACGUGCCUGUAUGAGUCACUGCAGUAGAGAUGAGGGGGAGGUGCUUCAGUACUGCGUUCACCUCAAAGGACCUACCCCGAGGGUUCAUAGCCUAGGUUUUAACCCCACUACAACAGGAUUUCAUUUUUUAAAACACUGGCUGGUCAUGAUAAUCUGAUUCCAUCUUUUAAGUGAUCCUGUAGGAUGAUCUGCCAAGGUGAACUUGUGUGUUGUAGUUAUUUCAUCCAAUUAUUUCAAUCAAUCAAAUGUUAUUGACUCAUGGUGUAUGCUCC